GUCAUUCUGGCUGGUGCCUUGGUCCUUGACACACAUUUGUGCUCAGGUACCAUUUAAUAUUACAUGCAGACUGAAACCCUCACAUGGCUAACCAUGUCUCCUUCCCCCUCCUCCUCUUCAUCAUCUUCUACAGAGUCUCAGCAGCGAGGCAUGUUUCUGUUCAGACAGGAGGCUCCAUCACCAUCCCAUGUAGCUAUGAUCAGUAUUACAUAAACCACGUGAAGUACUGGUGUAAAGGGUAUGGUUGGGCUCAUUGCUCCUCUGUAGUACGCACUGACCAUGCUAAGAGCACUGAUAGGGCGUCAAUCUCUGAUGACAUCACCCAGAAAGUCUUCACUGUGAUCAUGACUGAUCUGGAGCCAGACGACUCUAAUACUUACAGGUGUGUUGUGGAGAUCAAUGGAGGACCAGAUAGCAUGAUACAACUGCUCUACCUGUCUGUCACUCCAGGUACUCCAGAACUCUAUGUGGACCAACAGGAAGUGACUGGAGUAGAAGGAGGGAGUGUCACUGUCCGUUGUUACUAUAGUAACUCUGGAGACAUGAAGUGGUGCAGGAUGGGUGGUGAUUGUGUGAGUGGGUUUUCUGGGACUUUAAAUGGAACAUCAGUGACAUUAAAGCGGACUAGUGAUGCCAACAACAGAACAGUCUUUACAGUGACUAUGAGUGGACUGAAGAUGGUGAACACUGACUGGUAUUGGUGUAGAGUUGGAGAACUAGAGAUGCCUGUUCACAUCACUGUCAGUCAACAAACUGCAACACAGAGAACCUCUAAGAUGACCUCAACAACCCAAGAUCCAACCCCUCAACAACCCUCUGCCUCUCCAACUGCUGAGCCUGUUCAGACUGACAACACAAGUCAAGGAGCUGAGGGGAACAUGGAGGAAGUCCACCAGAGGUCUGUGAAAGUCCUACUCAUCUCUCUGGGCAUGUUGGUGGUGGUGAAAGCUGGUAUCCUAGUAACGUGGAAUAUGUGGAGAAGGCAUAAGGACAAUAAGGCCAAGGACCAGACAACUAACAACUCAGUGUCUGCUGACCCUGAGCAGGACAUUACAUACAGCACAGUGACCCACACCAGAGAAACAGCAUCGCAGAGUCCAAACCCAGGGAGCCACCAUGACGUGAUGUACAGCACUGUGAUGCCUGAUCAGUUCAGGACAGAAGAGAAUGUCAACAUAUGGCUACAAGCAUCUCGACUCGAUCCAUUUCCUGAAGCUGAGGAUGAUGUCACAUACAGCACUGUCAUCCUCCAGCACAAGACCCAACUAAAAGGACAGACCAAGUCAGCAGAACCAGAUGAUAAUGUGGUCUACAGCUCACUAGCUCUACAGGUGACCACACAGCAGAGGGCAGCAGCAGCACAGUAGUGACUGACAGAGAAGACCUUCCUUUUACUGGAAGGACAGAACACUCCCCUCUCCUGUGUCACAACAUCUAUCUGCCUCCAAUAUGAUUAUGUCAUACCUCUUAACCCAUCCCAAGAAGACAUCUCUAUCCUUUAGUGUAAUAAACUACUGAAGACGGUCUGCUGUGUUUGUUCUGAUUAACAUCACAUUUCUGUUAUUAGUUAUGUUCCACCACCUUUCCCCUUGUCUCUUAUUUCUUACAUCAUGAUCUUAUUCUAGUUUAAUGUCCUAUGCCUGUAACUAAUCAUGAUCAAACGUGUAUUAAGAUGUUAGUAUAGACAGCUACUAUGUAUAAUAACUACUGUACUGCAAUAAUAA